UUUGUAUUUAUAAGUUGGUCACAUUGUUGCUGCGACAGAACCUACAUGAAGUUACAUGCUGAUACGUUCUUUUUCUCAUCACCAUCAAACCACAUAGAAACGUCCGGUCUUUUCUCUUUUGAAUAUGGGUAUUGACAUUUGUCAUAAAUACGACCGUAAGGUCCGUCGUACGGAACCAAAAAGUCAAGAUGUUUACUUGCGUCUUCUUGUUAAGUUGUACCGUUUCUUGUACAGACGUACAUACAAGAAGUUCAACAAAAUCAUCUUGAAACGCUUGUUUAUGAGCCGCAUCAACCAACCACCGAUGUCACUUCAAAAGAUCGUUCGCUUCUUGAAAGCCAGUGGCAAACAAGAGAAGAUCGUUGUCGUUGUUGGCACAGUCACAGAUGAUGUUCGUCUUUUGAACGUACCAAAAGUGAAAUUGUGCGCUCUUCGUGUUACCGAUGGAGCACGCGGCCGUAUCUUGAAUGCUGGCGGUGAGGUCAUUACUUUCGAUCAAUUGGCUGUCCGUUCACCAACCGGCAAAGGUACAUUGUUGCUUCAAGGAAAACGUACUGCUCGCGUUGCUAACAAGCAUUUCGGUAAGGCUCCUGGUGUUCCACACUCACACACCAGACCAUAUGUUCGAUCGAAGGGACGCAAAUUCGAACGUGCUCGUGGUCGCAGACGUAGCUGCGGUUACAAAAAAUAAACGGAUUUCAACGACUGCUUCAAUCAAAAACAUGACGGUGUAUAAGCGAAGAAAUCCAACAAUCCUAUGCGUUAUUAUAUGUAAUGUCUAUCAAAGUACAAUAAAAAGCAAGGAACCCGAAUAAUACAAAAAAAUCAAUUUACAACAAA